AUGCUCCGACUACCGUAUGCCCUCCUCGCCCUCCCGGCCUUGGCGAUGGCCAUGCAGAACAGCUUCAUGCCGAUGAUGGCCCCGGAGUUGAACGCGCUGGAGAUUACUGGGGAUUGCACGGUUACGGGCACCCAACUAUUCGCCAACGAGCUGUACGGCCGUGAACUGACGACAGCCGAACAGAUAACCCCAAGCGCCGCCGAGGAAGCCCUGAUGCAACAGAUGCGAAACCUUACUCGUCCCUCCAGGCCGUCAUUCUGUAAUGGAACCGAUACGGUUCUGUACAUCUUCCCGGGAUGCGCUGUCCAGACUUUCGUCACCGAGUACAACGCCUUCCAACAAUGGGAGAUCAACCAGAUCAAGAGCAUGACCCAGGGCGGCCAAGGCGGUCAGGGAAGCUGGACGGGAGGCCGUGGCGGAAAUGGUGGACAGGGAAGCUGGGCUGUUGCUCUGAAUGGAACCACACCGAUCGUUGCUGCUAAUGGAACGACGGUUUCAUCUACCUCAACUCCUACCUCUGCUACCAUCACGACAACUACUGCUACUACGACCAAGCCAACCCAACCGACCGUCCCCCAAUUCUGCACCUCGUUC